UAGCAUUCACAUCGAACACGUGUUAUGCGAAUUGAAAUUUUUAAUAAUUAUACGCGAAUAAUUUGUUGCAAUCACUUCGAUUUAUAUAAUUUUCUAUAGUGAUCUUUCUCGAAUUUUUGUCAUAAUGGCAACGAUAACAUCCUUACCAGAAGAAUUGAUAUCCAUUAUUUUCAGCUACAAGGAUAUCACCAUCGAGGAUAUCAUUAAUUUCCGAUGCGUCUGCAGACAAUUUCGUUAUGCAGCCAGCUAUCCAAUAAAGUAUAUGGAAAUGAAAUUUUCUCAAAGAUGGCCUUCUUUAAAAGAACACUAUGACAUUAUGUCUAAGACUUUUAAAGAUCGUAUAAAAUGCAAAUCCAAGAAAAAAAUUAUAAACUUUAUAAAAUUAGGUAUCAAUUAUAGGAGACAAUUUCAAAAAUACGUGUCUCAAAUGAAAUAUGUGCAUUAUGACGAUGAAUCAAUCGAUAAUUGUGUGCAAUUCGAACAUAUAUUUCCUUUCCAUCUAGGACAGAGUAAUUAUGAAAAAUUCAUAUAUCAUUGUGAUCGAAGAUUCACCAUAUUUUCUUUUUACAACGAUGAGCUUAAAAGCUUGCUCACACAUUCUCCACGAACUGGUUGCGAUUUAACCGAAAGAUAUUAUCACGAGAAACUAUUUAACUAUAUAAGGAAUUCUGAAAUAAAAUUAAGCUUGCGCAAAUUUUUGACUUUACCUGCUAGAGGGUGGCUUAUGGAAAGGAUAGCUUUUAAUGUAGCACAAACUUUACAAAUCCAAAAGGAUGUAAGUUACGCGUACGUAGUAGAAUCUUUGGAUAAUAUUGCACGAGAGGUACAAAAUUAUCUGAAACAAAAACAUCCAGAUCAUUCGAUAUUUUCGACGCCCGCUGAAUUUUUUUCUUAUUGGAAAAACAUUAAUAUAAACAAUAAUCACUGGAACGAAGCGGAAGGAAUUCAGAUUAUCGAUGCAUUAGACGAAUACAUAUUUCGCAAAUUAAAAUUUCGGCCGUGCGAAAUAAACGAUACAAUUCUGGAAUUUAUGUGUAUAGAUAAUGUACUAAAAAGUAGAUAUGGACAAGAAGUGAUUAUAUUAAUAAUAUAUCACAGCGUGGCAAGAAGACUUGGUCUACGUUCCGACAUUGCGGCAUUCGGUGAACGAUUAGAACUAUCUUACUGUAUACAUUGGAAAUCCAGAUAUGGCACGAUUAAUCCAGCAAAUGAAAGAUGUUUUAGUGUAAUGUUUAACAAAUUCCCGGAUUGUCGUGUCAACAAAUCAGCGUAUCAGAAGAGGUUGCAAAAUUUAUAUCGUAAUGAUUUUUUACCGUGCAAUAGAUUAGGUCGAAUAUCACCAUGUGAACUGCGAAACAGGAUACUGCUAAGAUUUACGGAUUUGACAUACCACUAUAACAACAUUUCUCAGAUUAAGGAGCGUAAAAAAAUUUAUUUAUUUAAAACAAGUAGCUUUGAAGUAUGUAUGCACUAUACACACCGCAUUAAUUAAAAUAUAUUAUAAUAGUAACAAUAAAUUCUCUUUUCUUUC